UCGGGGAGCAGGCGGUGGCCGGGAGUCGGGGCGGGGGCGGGCCCGGGCGGCGUCAGCUCCAGCGGGUGGAGGAAUACAGUCACACCCCCGAUCCGGAGGGCAGGUUCCUGGCGACGGGACGGGACGGGACGGCACGGGACGGGCGUGGGAUUUUCCUACACCCCCUCCCCGGACCGGACCCGGCAGAGUGCACACGCCGACGCCCCCGGGUCUCCAGCCGCCGAGCCCGGGAGAGCUCACGGACGACGGAGUUCGAAGUCGCCCCUCCUCACCGCGGAGGGGGCCGCCAUCUGCUGGCCGCUUGAACGGGGGCGAGGAUCCGUGCCCCUCCAGGGAUUUCCACCCCACCUCCCUUUCCUCCUCCUCGGUGCCGGGAACAUUCACCAGCGAGCGGGCUCUGCACGGGGAGCGCCGGGAUUUUUAUUCCAGAGGGGGCCUGGUGCGCCUGGAAGAGAGUGCGGGUGAAUCUGGGGAUGGAGUAGAGCUAUUUAUUAUUUCCUCCCACCCAGAUCCCAGGCUUCAAUCUGAUGGCGGCGGCGGCGGUGAAUUACUCGCCUCCCUGGUGGGUGAGCCUGCUGCACCGUCUCCCGCACAUCAACCUCCAGCUGGAGGUGGUCAGCAACGACUUCCACCCCGAGGACACCCAGUACCAGGAGUCACUCCUGCUGUUAGGUGGAGUUGCUCUCGUCUGUCUGGCCCUCAACCUACUCUUCCUUCUCUUCUAUUCUUUUUGGCUUUGCUGUCGACGGAAGACUGAAGAUCAGCCAAACGCAGACUGUUGCUGUACAGCGUGGUGUGUGAUCAUAGCAACACUUGUGUGCAGUGCAGGGAUUGCUGUCGGUUUCUACGGUAAUGGAGAAACUAGUGAUGGAAUCUUCAGGCUUGCCUAUUCAAUGAGGCAUGCAAACCGCACCAUAACAGGAGUCGAGUACCUGGUUUCUGAGAGCACUCGAGAUCUGAAUAGGACAGUAGAAGGAAGCCUUCAUACCUUACAGGAUUUGUUUGCAAAGGAACCACGGUAUCUAGAGAGUGUGCAGAAGUUAAAGGAUCUUCUUGGAAAUCUUGGAAGACAGCUAAUUAAAAUUCCAUUCUGGGAAAAGAAUGACAUCUCUUUGGAAGACUUGGCCGUUCUUAUCGAACUGUAUGAUUAUUACAGGUGGUUGGGUUAUCUUGGCCUGCUACUUUUUGACGUUAUUAUCUGUCUACUAGUGCUGUUUGGAUUAAUUAGAAACUCAAAAGCAAUCCUUAUUUGUGCUGCUCUGCUGGGAGUGUUGACCUUGAUUAUCAGCUGGAGUUCUCUAGGACUAGAACUGGCAGUCUCAGUGGGUUCAAGUGAUUUCUGCGUGUCUCCUGAUGUUUACGUUUCCAAAAUGGCAGAUAAGCAUGGCCUUAUUGCUAAAGAUGCUUUAAAUUAUUACCUGGUAUGCAACAUUGGAUACCCAAACCCUUUUCAACAGAAACUCUCACGAAGUCAUAAGGCUCUGGUGGAAAUGCAGGAUCAUGUAUCCGAACUUCUAAAAUCAGCUGUCCCUGAGUUUCCAUCUUCUUAUGAAUAUCUGGAACGGACUCAAAUAGUAUUGAACUCGACAGAGACUACCCUGCAGCAGUUGACUGCUCUGGUUGAUUGUCGCAGUCUUCAUAUGGAUUAUGUGCAGGCUCUGACGGGACUCUGCUACGAUGGCGUGGAAGGUCUAAUUUAUUUGGUUUUAUUCUCCUUUGUAACUGCACUGAUGUUGAGUUCAAUUGUCUGCAGUGUUCCACAUACGUGGAAGCAGAGUAAGAGGGGUCACGUUGACGACGAUGGAGAUGAUGAUAUUGUGAAUCCUCAAGGGAGUCGGCAGCAGCAUGACAAUCUGUACAGAGUUCACAUGCCUAGUCUCUACAGCUGUGGGAGCAGUUUUGGUAGCGAGACCAGUAUCCCUGCUGCAGCACAUACUGUGAGCAAUGCCCCAGUCACAGAAUACAUCAGGAGCCAGAACACAACUUACCAGAACCCUCGCUGUGAGAAUACACCUCUGAUUGGCAGAGAAUCGCCGCCUCCUUCUCUGUAUUUGGCUGCUCUGGACAGUGGCAGCCAUCUGAGCUGGCAGCCAAAGAACUCCAACAGUGCAAGAACGAACUCUCACUGGUAAAGAAGGCAGCAAACCAGAACAGUACUCGAACAGCAUGAGAGCCAAAUACCUCGCCACAAACAGGCCUGAAACCAACAGCGUCCACUAAGACCACAGAAAGAGGAAAAACUGGAACUUUGAGUCAAAUGCCAUUAAUACAGUUUUGCUAUCUUGAGAGUAGCACUAUUCUAUCAGUUGUACAUUUGUACUGUAAAAGGUAGAUUGAUUACAAGGAAUGAACAAACUCUGCCAAUGUACUGUUGAUUGUGUUAUGAAUGCUUAGGGGAUGUGUAUUGUUAAAUCUGCAGACCCUGCACAACCUUAUCUGUACCAAUAUCACAGUUUACAUUAUUCCAGUUCACUUCAGUUUAAGGUUCUCUCAUUUCUAGAUUGCAACAGACAUGCCAAGAUGUGUGGGUGUGCCAGUAUGCAAUCAUCUGAGCAAAAUCACAAUUGGUUUGUGCCUGUUGUAACAAUUGUAAAGUGCACCAGUCAUUGUAGAUCAAUAUAUAGUAGUUCAGAUCAAUGCAGAAUUUAUAUUUUCUGGAAAAGUUCACAGAUGAAAUGCCAAAAUAACAAACUACAUUUUUGCUAUUUUUUUCAGAAGAUUUAAAAGUAUCACAGAAACCCCCAAAGUGACAGUGAUAGAAACGUAGAAAAACUUUAUUAUCAACAAGUUGAAAUUGAAGCCUGUGGUCUUUUAAAUUUACUAUGGUUGUAAUAUAACUUUAACCACUCAAAAGUUCACCAUAUACAUUGGUGUUCUUUCUGUAAUAAGGGUAUGUAUUGCCACAGACAUUUUGUGUAAAUAUUGGGGUAAAUGCACUAAAAUUGCUCUGAAAGUUUGCCAAUUUAGGUAGCUAAUCAAUGAUCAAUGUGGUUAAUCUGAUUCUAGUUAUCACUGAUAUUACAUGUUGUCGUCUUCUUUAGGGUUUGCUUACAAAGCUCAAUAACCUCAUCUGUAAAUGUCCUGUCUUGACAGAUGCAUGUUUUAAUAUUGAUUGGCAAAUGUUUUACUUUGUUGCACAUGACAUUUUAGCCUUUUCUUAAUGUAUGUUGCAGUACUGCACAGUUACUGUGGUUUUGCUACGAUUUUUGUUUUAACUUUAUUUAACAUGUAAUUUCUUGUUUUGAAAUUAGACUUGCAUUUUUUUUUUUCGCGUGUGUUUUACCCUGCAUGGGCAAUUUUAUACAUUUAGUUUAGAAUUUAGAAAGUUUAAUUAGCUCAAGGUUGUACAUUACUGGAAACUUACAAAUGCAUCUUAUCACUUGAGGAUAAAUUACAUUCUUGCAGGUUAUAAAAUAAUCCUGGAAGAUGCAUUUUGUGGAAUAUUACAAGUCUUAAAAUAAUAUAUCAAUGAUGGAGUGAUUUACCCAUGGUUUCUGUUGAAUAAAUUGAAACAUUGUAAAAUUUCUUAUUAAUUAUUGCUGUCUGAGUAAAAAGUAGACAAAAGCUUAAGUUGUGACAAUCCACCCACUGUGUGUCUGCUCAUGUUUUAGCAAUGGUGCUGUUUAAUAAUUAAAUCAGUUGCAUAUAGAGCACACUAAUUCAGUUUUGUUGUUUGACUUCAGGAAGAAACAUUCCUCCUUUUGAGUUUGAGGGACUUUAUUUGGUGUUAAAAGGAAGUCUGAAAUUAAAGUACUUAAAUUUUACACUGCAUUCUCUAAUCUCUGGGAGACUUUUUAAAACAAUAUUUUUGUUAACUUUCUACUUUACAAUAUUUGGCAGCUGAGCAAAAGCUAUUUAAACGUAACUGAAACAUUCCAAAAGUCCAGUCUUUCAUUCAAGUCUAUUCAUUCACUUAAGUCCAUGUUCUUGUGAAAGGUAUGCGUGUGAAUUAAUUCUAAUGCUACCCUGUCACUUGUUCUGUUCAAACAUUUUUAUUUCCAGCAUCUUUGAUACCUGGCAUUAGUCUUGGAAACAAUAAUGGCAUUGGUACUUUCCAAGAGUCAUGUAAAUUAUGCUCUGAUUUACCAAAUUAGGAAUAAUUUGUUCCAUAUGUGCUGUUAGUCACAUGUCCUGAGUAUUUAGGGGAACUAUUAAACUGUGUUUAAUGGCUUCAUGUCUAAGUCUGUUACUGUUAUUUUUGCAGUCACUCAGUGCUGAGCACAGUGGAAAAAUUUCUAUGGCAGUUUGUAUAUUUUAUAAAUGUGGAACUCUAAAAUGAGAAAACCUAAAAUUGAAACUUCUAAACAGAAGUCACCACUUAGUGAAGUCCAGUUUCAUGUUUCUGUGAUUGUAUUACAGUCCAGUCAACUUCAAUCCUUUGGUCAGUUGUAAUUACCUUAACAUGCCUACAUGUUCCAAAUGGGUAGCCACAAGUUAACAGUCUGAUUUAGCUUUCGGAGAGCCGAAUGAUUGAGUAUGUAUUUUACCAUAUAUACCCCACAUGUCCUUCAAAUUAUGCUAGAACCUGAGCCACAAUCCGUCAGCAGCUAGGCACAAGAUCUUCUCUAUAGAAGCAAACAUCACUUUACUCUGUCAGAAAAUGGCUUGAAUUAUAUUAACUGUAUUUUGCUUUGAAGUUAGAUGCUUGAGUUAAUCAGUAUGGACUACCUGUAUGGCUGACAGUUUUUUUUUAUAUAAAGUUUGAGAUCUUAAGAAAAUCCAUCCAAUUAGCAACAAGCAAGGAUUGUCACUAAGCCUAACUAAUUUUCUGCAAGAUAUUCAAAAGGACUAUUCAGCUGCAUAAAUGAGCUCCCUUGCUCUCACUCUUGCUCGCUCGCUUGCUAUCUCUCGCUUUCUCACUUGCUCUUUAGAAGCACAAUCUCAUCUUAAUUUUGUAACGUGGGCUUCCACAGUUAGUUUUUACACCUUGGAAAGCACACAUCAACCAUGCAACCUUGAAAAUGUGAAUGCAGGAAACACUUGGGUGUAAAACUGACCAUCAAUCAGGAAGGAUCCCGUGAUGAUAUGAUAUUUACUGUGAAUUUACUAAGCACUGCAGGUUCGUGUCUAUAUUGGCAUUCUCUUCAUGUAGUACUUAAAGUAUUUUCUUGCUAGCAUGUGGACUUGCACUGAAUUUGCAGCGUGUGUUUUUGUCAAAGAAUUAUUAGAAAUGAGUAUCUAACUUUAUGACCAGUGAAAAUUAGUGAAGAUAAGAGUUCAUAAAAUCUGCAGUAGGCCAAUGUUUAGAUUUAUUUUUUCAUCAACUAACUGUUCCUUUUACUUAUUAACACUAUUGCCAGAAAGCCUGAAGAUUAAAAUUGUAACAAAAGUUCUCAAUUUUGGCCCUUGGAUUUGGUUCUGAAACUGCAAUAAUGUAAUUUUGCCAAGUGACAUGUUCUUGCAAAACUACUAAUCAAUGCAAACUGAUUCUAAUGCUAAAAUCAUGGAGUGUGAUAUCUGCCAAUACGGCAACUAGAAGGAAUGAAAUCUUGUUUUUUUUUUUAAAUAGAACUAUUCAGUUAAAAAUUCUUCCAUCCCCUAGUUGCAUGAUAUUAAUCCUAAAAGCUUUGUUCUAAAACAGCCUUGUUUCAUACUGAUAUUUUUCCAAUGCUUCCUGCCUUUCUCUAAAGCAGCAAAACUCUCUACUUAACACUGAACACUUUAGAAGUGUUUAACAUAAGGUUAUUGAUCUUCAGUUUUGUUCGAAAGGUUAAAUGCAGUCAAAAUUGAAAAUUAGUUUUAAAUGUCAUUGAAAAUGCAUCUGAAAAUUUUAUUGAGAAUGCUGGCAGGUGAAAAUUUGAAGUGUAAAAGCAAAUUGAGUCCUGUGAAAACUAUUUAGUUACAUUGUGAACCAGAGUUACUCUGUUGUAUUAGUGAGACAAUCCUUGAGUGCUUUCAUGGAAAUUUUACCAUUUGUAGAAAAUAUAUCCACAAAUGAAUAACUUGCACGAUCAGCGGGCAUUGACUGGUAAAAUGUAAUUUGCCUUGUAAUGCCCUUUUUUAACCAUUUCAAACAAUUGUGUACCAUACUGCUUCAAUUUUUACUUACAUAAUAACAUGUAACAAAACUGGUAAUUGUAGUAUAUAGUAAUAGUGUAGUUUUGUGAAGCCUGUUUUUAAAACAGCAUUUUCUAUUAAAAGAGGGGAAUGAUCCUGUGUACUAUUGUUCAUUAUUAUUUUUGCUAAAAUUGCUGUAGCUCUUAAUAGAUUUAUAACAUUUUAAAACUUCUUUUUCCAAUGAGUAAAAUGUUGCAAAUGUCAAACCUGUGGUUUUCAUGAGCUUGAACUAAAUGUUUUCAAAAUGAAACUAAUAAAGUUUGUUGGCUUGCCAA